AAACUGAAAAGGGAGAAGGGACAGUUAUGAAGGGCUUUGAUGCCAAAGGAUUUUAUAUUUGAUAUUGGAAGUAACAGGGAAUUACUGGGUUUUAUUGAAGGGGUGUUUGUGUGAUAUAGUCAGGUCUAUGCUUUAGGAAGAUCAGUUUGAGAGCUGAAUGGAGGUUGGACUGGAGUAGGGGGAGAGAUUUGAGGCAGGGAGACCAACCAGUAGACUACUGUAGCAGUCCAGGCAUGAGAUGAGAAGGGCCUGUACUAGGGUGGUGGCAGUAUCAGGAAGGAAGGGGGCAUAUAUGAGAGUUAUUACCAAUGUAGAAAUGACUGGACUUGGCAACUGAUUAGAUAUGAGAGACAAGUAAGGAGUAAAGGAUAACACCUUGGUUGUAAGCCUGGGUGACUGGGAGAAUGAUGGUACUCUUGACAGUAAGUAAUGGGAUUAGGAAGAGUAAAAGAGCUUGGGAGAAGGAUUUGGACAUAUUGAAUUUGUGAUGUCUAUGAGAUCAAUGCCUAAUGGGGAGUUGCAGAUGUGAGACUAGAAGUCAGGGGAGAGGUCAGGGCUGAACAAAUAGAUCUGAGAAGCAUCUGCCUAGAAAUAAUUGGAAUCAUGGGAGCUGAGGAGAUCAUCAAGGCAAAGAGUGCAGAAGGAGAAGAGGACCCAGGACAGUCAUGGUUAGCAGACCUGACCUAAAUGAGAAACAGCAAAGAGACUGAGAUGGAGCAGUCAGGUAGAGCAGUGUCAGGACACACAGACACACACACUCUGUCAAAGAGAGGAGGGUGAUCACAGUGAAGUCAAAGGCUGCAGAGAGGUCAAACAGAAUGAGGACUGAGAGAUCAUUAGAUUUCAAUUCAGUUUCAGUUGCAGAUGAUGUCUGAAGUCACACUUCCAGAGCUCAGAACUUGUUUAGCAGUUCUUCAGUUGAUGGGUGUCUGGUUUGUUUCCAGUUACUUGCUUUUACAAAAAGUAUUAUUGCAAAUAUUUCAGGGCAGAUGGUACCUUUUUGUCCUCUUUGGUUGGCCCAUCACUUCUGACUCUUAAGAUCUUUUGGAUAAAGUGCAGGACUUGGAGUCAGGAAGGCCUGGUUUCAAAUCCUGACUGCCAUUUGGCCACCUAGAGGACUACAAUGGAAAGAGUGCUAGUUCUGGAGUCAGGGUUAGGGGGUGGGGGCCCAGAUCCUGCUUCGGCUAGUUGCCGCUUGAUCUUGGAUUGGUCACUUGAAGGUCCCAGUUUGGUCAUCAGCGGGGGUGGGGUGGACUAGACGACCGCUAAGGUGCCUUCCGGCAUUACACCUCUGAUCCUCAUUCCUACAGGGCAUCUUUUAAACUCUCACCGUCAAGCACAGCGGGGAAUGCGUGGUUUGGGGGAAACUGGCAGACACGCCCAGCGCUUACUUCUAGAAAUGGGGCGAGGCCCUGGGGCUCAGGCCUCCUCAGGCCUAGACGUAGGUUAGCGUUAGCUUGAUUGGUUGACAGCUGAGGCCAGCCCACGAGAGCGAUCCCGCGCCGCCGCCCCAGCAUGAGACUCAAUCCGGCUGGGGGGUCGGGGGCACUCCGAUGCUCCCGCGUGGCCGCAGAUCCCGAACUCGCCGGCCUCUCCCUUGCGCACGCGGCAGGGCCCCAGCGGCGCGGGGCUCCAGGCGCAUCCCGCCGCUAUUUCCGUAGUUAUGGAGACUGCGGCCGCCCCGCGCUGACUUCCGCCUCACGUGAUGUUGCCGCCCGGCAAGGCCACGCCCCUCGUCACCGCCCCCGGAAGCGGCGCGGCCCGGCGGCUGGGGACGGUUGGGUGCGGAGCGGAGCGCGGCCCGGGCCAGCACGGCUGCGCGCUCCACCCCCGAAGGCGGCCCCUCCCCCUCCCGCCCUGCCCGUCGGCUCGGCCUCGGGUACGGACGCCGAGACAGAUCCACGGCCUGGGCCCCCGGCGGCUCGCCACGAGAAGCCGGGGCCGGGAAGGGAAGUGGGGGCGGGCCUGCGGCAGGUGCUCAUCAUCCUGAAAUCUCUACAAAUGCCAAGCAUUGUUAAGGGGGUUAACAGCUGUUUCAGCAAAUCAUGGGAGAGAUUAAAGUCUCUCCUGAUUAUAACUGGUUCAGGAGUACAGUUCCCCUUAAAAAGGCCCCAGAAGUAUCAGAUGUCCCCUCAUAUUUCUUCCUCCUGUAAGUGGAACUGCAGAUGUGUUUUUCCGGCAGAUUUUGGCAUUGACUGGAUGGGGUUACAGAGUUAUAGCACUGCAGUAUCCAGUUUAUUGGGACCACCUUGAGUUCUGUGAUGGAUUCAGAAAACUAUUAGACCAUCUACAACUUGAUAAAGUUCAUCUUUUUGGGGCUUCUUUGGGAGGCUUUUUGGCGCAGAAGUUUGCUGAAUACACUCACAAAUCUCCUAGAGUUCAUUCCCU